UUUUUUUUCCUUCUGUGAGCGGCUGGUACCAGCUGCUCUCUGGAAGGCAGAAUGCCAAAUUAGUGACUCUGCAAGAAAUCUGCCUUUUUUUGAAAACCUGUUGUCUCAGCGACUUGGGAAAAGUUUUGAAAUCACAGUAAAAAAGAACACCGAGGUUUAGGAAUGUUGUGUAGUAUCCUCUACCUUUUAAAGAAGGCAGCCCUCCUGCCGUGACGUUACACUGGCAUCCUGCCCAAAAGCUCUCCAGCACUGAGAAGAAAGGGUCUGACACAGAAGUGGCACAAGAUUAUCCUGUGCCUUGUAAUCAAAAUGUCAUCUUCAGUGACUUGUAUUCUUGCAUGGGUGAGAAAAUAGCUUCAGUGUGAAGUUUCUCUGCCAACUUCUGUGCAUCUUCAGAACGUUUUGAAAUCCCUCAUCUGACUGGAAGACUUAUAUAUCCAAUCUAGAAGAGCAACACCAUGGAAACAAGAAUGAUUCCUGACCAAUCUAAAGACAAUCCACUUUUCCUGGACAGAAGUAUUGGGCCACUUCCAGUCAAGAGAAUGUACCCUCAUUUUUCCAAGUUAAAGAUAUUUCUUGGGGCACUAGCAUUCUCCUUUUUUGCCAAAGGAUUUUCUGGAAGCUACAUGAAGAGUAUGUCAACUCAAAUUGAAAGGAGAUUUGAAAUUUCAUCGUCAGUUGUCGGCAUCAUUGAUGGCAGCUUUGAGAUAGGUAACUUAAUGGUGAUGAUACUGGUGAGCUAUCUUGGAUCAAAGGUUCACCGGCCCAAAGUAAUUGCUGCUGGAUGUCUCAUCAUGUCAUUUGGAACAUUUUUAUCAGUGAUGCCUCAUUUCCUAAUGGGACGUUAUAAUUAUGAAAGAAUACAACUUACAGAGGAGAACUCUUCUACAAGUUUAUCAGCAUGCUCUCUAGUAUUACCUUUACAUCAUCCAACUUUAGAUGCUGUGGAAAUGACUAGAGAGUUGAAAAAUUCUGGAUGUGAAAAAGCAGCAAGCUCCUAUCUGUGGAUCUUUGUACUGAUGGGAAACCUUUUACGUGGAAUUGGUGAAGCGCCCAUUAUGCCACUGGGGGUGUCAUAUGUUGAUGAUUUUUCCAAAGAAGAAAACUCAGCAUUUUACAUAGGUACCAUAAGAUCAUGUGGAAUGGUUGGACCAACACUUGGAUUUCUGCUUGGAUCUUUCUGUGCUAAUCUGUGGGUAGACGUUGGAGUAGUAGAUCUUGAGAGUUUAACCAUAAAUCCUAAGGAUACUCGUUGGGUUGGCGCUUGGUGGCUUGGAUUGGUGAUAUGUGGAGCAGUCAGUUUUCUGUCUUCAUUGCCUUUCUGGUUCCUUCCUUAUUCCUUACCAAAAGAAGGAGAUGAAAGAAAUUUGAAGAAACUGAGUGAAUCAUCUGUAACUAUUCAAGAAGAUCACUGUAAAAUAGAAUCCCCAAGUCAACCACAGUUAAAAUUCUCAGAAGCAGUAAAAGAUUUCCUACCAACUUUGAAGAAACUUCUUGGGAACCCAGUCUUUCUGGUGUACUUGUUCCUCACUAUUCUGCAGUAUAAUUCUAUGGUUGGGUUGAUAACUUUUGAGACAAAGUUUAUGGAACAGCAAUUUAACGUAUCAGUGUCAAAAGCCAUCUUUCUAAUUGGUGUGAUACUUUUACCCAUUACAAUUCUGGGGAUGUUUCUGGGAGGCUUUAUCAUUAAAAAGUUCAAGUUACACAUAACUGGAAUGGUAAAAUUUGGAUGUGCCACCUUCAUAGCUGCAUACCUGUUAAACCUCUUGUACUUCACAUGUGAUUGUGAGGUGCUCCAGGUGGCUGGUUUAACAGUCUCCUACUCUGGAGUAAAACAAUCUUCCUUCCCAAAACACAACUUAAUUGCCAGCUGCAAUUCUGACUGCAGCUGUGUAUUGAAUCAAUGGGAUCCUGUAUGUGGGGACAAUGGAAUCACUUAUAUGACCGCAUGCUUUGCUGGGUGUAAAUCAUCGAUCGGAACUGGAAAGAAUAUGGUGUUUCACAACUGCAGCUGUGUGCAAGUUGAAGGGCUUGAGAGUGGCAAUUCCUCUGCAGUUCUGGGACAGUGCCAAAGAGAAAGCUGUACUAAAACAUUUCCCUAUUUUUUGGCAUUACUGAGCACAUGUGCUCUUAUUUUAGCUUUAGGUGGCACUCCUACAUACAUGAUUAUGUUUAGAUCUGUUUCACCAGAUUUGAAAUCAUUUGCUGUUGGCAUUGAUGCUUUGUGUGGAAGAAUACUAGGUGGCCUUCCAGCUCCUAUUUAUUUUGGAGCUUUAAUAGAUCAGACCUGCUUGAAAUGGGGAACAAAGAGGUGUGGAGGAUCAGGGUCUUGCAGAGUGUAUGACACGAAAGCAUUCAGAAACAUCUAUCUUGGACUCAUUGCAGGACUGAGGGCAGGAUGCUGUUUCUUAUAUAUAACACUCUUCAUUUUAAUAAUAAAACGAUUCCGACCAGAGAACAAUGAGCUGAUAGAUUUGAAAAGUACAGAAGUAUCAUCCAGGAAGGGAUCAACUAGUGUCAGUAAAAAUGAAACUUUUCCUUGUGCAAAAGCUUUGGCGGCAAAUGAAGAAACGUGUCUCUGAAAAGGACACAGGCAUUUUCUAACUCUGAAUGCUCAGGCGGAGGUUUUACAAGUACAGCGUAGGGCCAAAUACUGACGUCUACAGCUUUUUGGAAUUGCGAUGAAAAAUUUUCCAGUUUUAACUCCUCACCUCCUCCCUAAAAAGCAGGAAAAAUGAUGAUUUUAUUUUUGUGUUUUUUAAACAAUUGUAAGGCUGGUUGAAAUGUUUCCAAUGUCAAAAUUUUAAUUAAAAAAAACAAGUGGGAAAUUUAAAAUAAAAAAAUGCACAACAAUUCUCCUGUUUUUCAACCUGAUCUAUAGAAGUUCUAGCCCUGGGUCUGAUCCUGAAAUCCUUAUAAAAUCCUUAUAUACUCAGUUGUUCUUCCUGAGUUCAAUAGGCACACUCAUACAAAUGAGGAUUACUAACAUCAAUAAAGGUUAUAGGGAUGGUCCCUCAGUCAUCAUUCAGGCAAAAGCCACCUUGACCUCAGACACUUCAUGAGAACUUCAGGAUUUGGCUCAAACAUUAACCAGUCAAAAUAGACUGCAGAAGAGAGACUAUACUGUAUUAGUUUUAAAGUACCUUUCAGUAUUGAAUCAAACCUUUUCUCAUCAUUAGUGUAAUUAUUCUGAUCCUGUGCAAUGAGGUGGCAGAUACUAGAGUUACAUUUUUUAGAACUUUAUCAAUGUAAGUGUGUAAUAAUUGAAAGACUGCAGUAUAUAUAUUCGUCAUCCCCCAAUAAAGUGCCAAAAAAGGCCAUUAAAUAAAGUGCUAAAAGCUCUCAAAUAGAGCUUCAGUGACAUGCCAGAGAAGAAAGAACCUUAAUAACAAAUGCACCUAUCAUUACUAAAAUAUCUCUUUAAAAAAAUCAUCACUACGUGAAGUGUGAUGUCCCCCUGACAAAGACUGUUCUGUGACUUUUCAAAGGGAAUGAAUAUCACUAAUAAGAACAAUUGGGGUAAUUUGUCACCGCUGUUGCAACAUGUUGUGUCAAAUGCUUAGGGAUUGUCUACACACCAGAGGCUUUGCCAACAGAGCCCCCUAAUGGAGAUGCAGCAUAGGCUGACAGGAGUUCUUCUACUGGCAUAGUUAUACCACCUCCCUGAACAACAUUAGCUAAGCCAGAAGCAGCAUUCUUCUGUUGGAGUACUCACGUCUACAGCAGGUGUAUUCUGAGCCAGCAUAGCUAUGCUGGCAAAACUUUGUACUGUAGACCAAGUCUCGCUCUAUUUUAGGGUUAAAUCCUACUCUUCCCAGGCUCUAUGCCCAGCUCGAGGAGCCGGGAGAACCAUGCAUGACUGGAUUGGAAUAAUCUUCUCCAUACCUUGGGGUAUAGUUUAUAGAAAAUGGAAGGAAGCUCAACACGUCUAAAAAUGAGCUCUUUCUGUUUCCCCUACGUGGGAGAAAUAAUGGAUGGCUCCCCAUUCUCAAAAAACAUUUGGUCCUGUGCUUCAUGACAUGGCACACAGGCUGGUCGCCCGUGUGAGAUCUCCUCAAAUUUUGGUCCUGGGCAGAAGAAUUGCCCCUGUUUUGCUGCUCACAGAAUUAAACCAAUAUUUUCAGACUUUGGGACGUUUGACUUCAGGUUACAAUCUGAUAAAAGAAAACAGGCUGUUUUGUGUGUUGGAAUAUAAACUACAUUAGAACAAACUAUGUCAGCACUAGAGAUGGGCCUGAAUCAAAAUCCGAGAUUCAAACACCCUUGCACUUUCAGAUAUUUAAAAUCAGUGGGUCUCAUUCUCUUCACACUUACAUUGGUGCAAUUGCAUUGACUUUUUUCACGUUACCCCUGAUUUACACUCUGCAAAUGAGAAGCAUCUCAGGUCCUGUUACAUGAAUCUGAAUAUAGUGGCUUGAACUGAGCUUGGUCUACAUGCAAUUCAUUUUACUUUUUGGGGUGAUAAAUUAAAAUAUGUUGAUUCCUGGUGAUAAGUGAAUGUAUGCGG